CCGUUGCUUCAAUUUAACUAUCAAAAGUAUGAUAGCUGCAUGUACUAUGUAAAUGUGAAUUGCUCAAUUGAACUCUCUCUCUCUCUCUGCUUCUCUCUUUCUAUUCUAAUGUUGUUAUUAGGCUCUUUAAAAUCCAUAUCUCUUAAGAAGCACGUUUCACGAGCACGCGACCUUAUUGGUAAUUGGUAAAAAAAGGGUUUGGAGAGAAAUCAACUAUGCCCCACGGGAAAGUUUGGAGCUGUGAUGAAAGACAGAUGGGGCCUGGUCGAAAAGGGCCUAGCCGAAGCUCAGCUGGGAACAUUAUAAGUGACGCAAAGAACUCAAAACAACUUUGCUGCCGGAUCGUGCUACAUAUCGUAUUUGUACUGUGUACGACACGCUCUCUGACGAAUUUCUUCGUGUAUCUUGCAUUUUACUAUAUAUCGCCUUUUCUUCAAUUGAAUUGGAUUGCGACUAUUUCUAUAUUUUAUACCCCAUUUGCUUUUGCUUAGAUCUCAUUUACUUCCCUCUUGUACACAAUCACCGACAAUAACCUCCCCCAAAUCUCUGGAGUCGAUGCAAGCUCGUUGGCUUUUCAGCGAAGAUGCGUUUCGGUAAGACUCUUCGCGAGUCCAUAUACCCACCAUGGAGGGACCAGUAUAUCGAUUACGCAAAACUGAAGACGAUGUUGCGAGAGGAUAGGAAAGAGGAGGAGGAGGAUGUGCCAUGGACAGAAGAUGACGAGAAUCGUUUCUGCGACGAGGUAUUCAAUGUGCAGUUAGAGAAGGUGGCCCAAUUCCAAGAAAAGACCAUCAGCGAACUGAAGGAGCGCGCCGAGGUGGCUUUCGAGACGCUGAAGGAGAUAGCACCCUCCAAUGACAAGCCCAAGAAUGACGUGACGAUCGCCCGAUUAAAGGAGCUAAAAAGCGAGCUGGACGCCAUCACCAAUGAAGUUAAGGAGUUGAAAAAGUAUAGUAGCGUCAACUACACUGGUUUCCUUAAGAUUGCGAAAAAGCACGAUCGUAAGCGAGGUGAUCGCUACAAGGUCCGGCCUAUGAUGCGGGUUAGCCUGUCGAAGCGCGGCUUCAAUUCGGAGCAGGCGUACACGCCUCUUCUCGCGAAGCUGUCUCUAAUGUACUAUGCCAUCAACGAAAACCUAGACGAAGGUGAGCAAGGCCAGCCACUAGAUAUCGACCUAGAGAGUCAGCAGGAGGUACACAACGGCGAACGAUAUACUGCCCAUAAAUUCUGGAUACAUAAGGACAACCUUCUUGAGAUGAAGACUGCUAUCUUGCGGCACCUACCUGCUCUUGUUUACACUCAGCAAGCCGGCCAAGAGCCCGACGGCAACGAAGACCCUAAGAUCACAUCCCUCUACUUCGACAACUCCAAGUUUCAACUAUACGCGAGGAAGGUGGACCGCCAGGUUGACGCUUCAUCUCUGAAAUUACGCUGGUACGGACAGUUAGGAGCAAAUCCCGAGGUCAUUCUUGAACAGAAAAUAGUGCAUGAAAAUGGCAUUAGCGAGGACAAGAAGUUCUAUAUCAAAACCAAGUAUGUCAAACAAUUCAUCGACGGGCAGUACGGAAUGGAGAAAACAGUCCAAAAGAUGGAAAGACAGGGUCAGACUGCUGAAGCUAUCCAAUCGUUCGAGACUACUGUGGCAGAGAUUCAGGAUUUUAUCAUCAAAUCUAAGCUGGAACCUGUUCUGCGGGCCAACUAUACCCGCACGGCGUUCCAAAAGCCAUCUGACGAUCGUAUCCGAAUUUCGAUCGAUACUGAUAUCGCUUUUAUCCGCGAGGACACCCUAGAUCGUGAUAGGCCGUGUCGAGAUCCCCAGGAAUGGCACCGACGAGACAUCGACGAAAAUAAUAUGAGGUACCCCUUUGAAAAUAUGAACCAGAGCGAAGUAUCGAGAUUUCCUUAUGCGCUCCUCGAGAUAAAGCUGAAGGAGGAAGGAGGACGCAAGCGGCCGGGGUGGAUAGAAGACCUGAUGGUGUCCCACCUUGUCCACGCUGCGCCAAGGUUCUCCAAAUUCGUGCACGGAGUUGCAUCUCUCUUUGAGGAUUAUGUUAAUCAAUUACCGCUCUGGCUGAGCGACCUUGAGAUAGAUAUUCGCAAGGAUCCUCAGACGGCACACGAUGAGGAGGAACAGCGGAAGGCACAACAGGCAGAAGAUGCUAUGGUCGUAGGUAGCUUUUUGGGCAGUGGCGCAGCUGCUAGAAUUGGCUCUUAUAAACCAGCAGCAACAAGUUCACCAGUCGGAAAGUCGUACCUCUCGGAGCGAGCCGCUAGAGAAGCCAGGGCAUCUGCACCACCAGCUCCUGUAAAUAGCCACGGCGAACAAGACGAUGCGGACGGCACAGGAAAUGGUUCUUCCCAGAAAAGAAGUUACGGGACGCUUUCUUCCGUCUUCCCUGGCUUCUCGCUCUCGCGGUAUUCCCGGGCAAAGCGCCAGCGAGCACAGCUUCCCGAAGGUGUUACAAAACCAGAAGCGUGGCUCAAGAACGCGGGACCGCUUCAGGUUGAGCCCAAGGUAUGGCUUGCCAACGAGCGAACAUUCCUUAAGUGGCAGCACAUUUGCAUUCUUCUUGGCACCUUGGCAAUUAGCUUAUAUACGGCAGCGGGGGAAAACUUUCUCGCCGAAUGUAUGGGCAUCGCGUAUAUCGUGAUUGCCAUCUUAGCUGGAGGAUGGGGAUAUAUUAUGUUGCACAAGCGCCGCGACAUGAUCGUGGAACGCAGUGGUAAGGACUUCGACAACAUGAUUGGUCCGUUGGUGGUGAGCGUUGCCUUGAUGCUUGCUUUGAUACUCAAUUUUGUAUUCACGUAUCAAGCCGCGUUUGCAAAACUGGGCAAUCGGCUGCUGAACGAAACUGAAGCAACAUUUAUCGGGGAGCUUGUGUAAGAAUUAUGUUCCGUCUCUAUUGCAUGAGAGUUUGUUCGAUUUGGAUCUGUCAAAAGUUAUUGUCUACCUACCUACCUACCUACCUAAGGUAGGUACCUAAUAUAGGUUGGAUGAAUGUGCUGAAAGUAUGGGUUAGGUAUCUACCUACAUAUGUAAGUAGGAAGGUAUGUUAGAUACCUGGAUAUUAAGAAUUAACUAUUAGAAUAAGUGACUUGAUUGAGAUAGAUAGUGGAAGAAUGUAAGGAGAAAAUAGUUGCACAAAUGAUAAUCCGCCAACACGGAAUUAGAGGUACCUGUAUGGAACAAAAGGAGUGUCGUACAUAAGUCGGGUGAUAGUGGGGUUAUGUACCUAAGUAAUUAGUUUAUGUAAGAAGCUAUCUUAAUAACUUACCUUAAGCCUAACUAGUAGGUAAGUAGCUAAGCUAAGGUAACAAUAUCCACGCAGCUGCCACGCC